UCUCUGAAGCUUGAAUUUAUGUUCGUGGCGCCACUGACGUCACAGCCUGUCAGUAGAUCUUUAAAGGUCACGCGAGUGUCUUUGAGGGGUUAUCAGGAACGAAAUUUAUUUUUCUUCGGAAGAUCAUUUCGGACAAUUUCACGUAACAUCCAUCAUCAAUAUGCUACCGCGAUUCCUGAAGCCUACCUUAAGCAUCGCCCAGCAAGGAGCAAAACGAUUAUCAACCAGCACCAAGUGCGAUGCCAAGGUUGCUGUUAUGGGAGCCAGUGGCGGCAUUGGCCAGCCACUGUCUUUACUUCUCAAGCAAUCACCCCUCGUCACUGAAUUGUCGCUGUAUGAUAUCGUGAACACACCGGGUGUCGCCGCCGACCUCUCGCACAUAAACACACCAGCAAAAGUUAGAGCUUUCAAUGGCCCGGAACAGCUCAAGGAUUCCCUGAAAGGCGCACAAGUCAUUAUCAUACCUGCUGGUGUUCCGCGCAAACCAGGCAUGACCCGCGACGACCUUUUCAACACGAACGCUUCUAUUGUUCGAGAUCUCGUUGCCGCGAUGGCAGAAGUCGCGCCAAAAGCCUUCGUAGCGAUCAUCUCGAAUCCUGUCAACAGCACAGUACCAAUCGCGACUGAAGUACUGAAGAAAGCCUCCGUCUACGAUCCCAAUCGCGUGUUUGGAGUAACCACUCUAGACAUUGUCAGAGCAAACACAUUCAUCGCAGAGGCAAAGAACCUCGAUCCACUAAAAACGUCCGUUCCGGUCAUUGGUGGACACAGUGGCAUCACCAUUAUUCCACUGAUCUCGCAGUGCACGCCAUCGGUUUCUUUCCCGGAUGAUCAGUUGAAGGCGCUCACGGAGAGAAUUCAAGAGGCCGGUACCGAAGUCGUCAAGGCCAAAGCGGGCACCGGAUCCGCAACCUUAUCCAUGGCUUAUGCCGGCGCACGAUUUGGUAUAUCGUUAAUCAGGGCGCUCAACGGGGAAACUGGUAUCAUUGAGUGUUCAUAUGUCAAAUCGGACGUCACCGAUGCCAAAUACUUCUCCACACCGAUACUUUUGGGCAAAAAUGGAAUUGAGAAAAAUUUGGGCUUGGGUAAACUAAGCAGCUUUGAGCAGAAACUGUUGGACGCCGCCAUCCCUGAACUCAAGAAAAAUAUUCAAAAAGGAGAGGACUUUGUAAAUAAGAAGUAAGAUUUAUCAGAGAUAACUAAAUAGAGCGUAAAAAUUACUUUUUACUUUUGUUGCUCAUGUCAUGUAAUUAUAGUCAUCAAUCAAAUUGUCAUAUUUCAAUCGUGAUGAGCCUAAAUAUUGUUAAAUUUUUUGUUUUUUUUAUUUUCUGUUUCUUUCGACCUGCCAAUGUAUAUGUAAAUGUGUAGUAUUUGAAUCGUGGAGAAGAUUAUCGAAUGUAUAAAGUUAAGAUUAUUGUAAAUGAAAAGUAAACUGCCAAGCAGAUUUAUAUAUUACAUAUUAGUAUGUAAAAUAGAGAAUAAAUUAAAUAAUAAAAUUAUACACAAAUCAUGAAACUCGAGGAAAAUGUACAAUGUAGCAAAGAACUGAAUAAACGCUCUUACCAAUGCA